AUGUCACAAGCACUCCUCGAGAUCAUCAAUCUAAUCGAAAGCUCAUCACUGCAAACGAUACCGAAUUUUCUCAUCGCGUUGCUAGAAAGUCGUGAUCCCCGGUUAUGGACUGAAGCGACAGGUAACGCAGUGGAGAAUUGGGCUUUGGAUCUGUCUCAGAGGAUCUAUGUUAAUGAGAUCAAGACAGUUAUUCAGAGCAUACAUGGCUUACACUUCAAUGCCCACAGUGCAAUGGCGGACAAUGUAACAAACUUUAGCCUUGAGAAAAUGAUCGAUAAAUUCCGUUGUGUGACUCCGAAGACUUGGGCCUUAGUACAGUCGCUCCUUGAUGCUAACGGAGAAGCACGACGAUGUGCAAAGCCAUCAAGAGAGGUGGCUGACUAUCGGACAAGACAUGACCCGAAUGUAGAUCUUGGCGAGUUGGCAGAUGGCGAUGAUGUGAUUGGGGAAGGUGAAAGCAACAGCGAUAGUGAGAGUAGCAGUGAGGAAGAGAGCAAGAGGAAUGGUCGUACUCGAGCAAAAAGACGUAACGCGGCACUUCUGAGAGUAGUGAGUUAA